AUGGAUGGAGGCAACCAGAGUGGAGACUCAGAGUUCCUGCUCCCGGGGAUCUCAGAGAGUCCAGAGCAACAGCAGAUCCUGUUUUGGACAUUCCUGUCUAUGUACCCGGUGGCAGUGGUGGGAAAUGUGCUCCUCAUCCUGGCCAUCGGCUCUGACUCCCGCCUGCACACUCCCAUGUCCGUCUUCCCGGCCAACCUCUCCUUCACUGAUCUCUUCUUCAUCACCAACACAAUCCCCAAGAUGCUGGUGAACCUUCAGUCCCAGGACAAAGCCAUCUCCUAUGCCUGGUGUCUGACACAGCUCUACUUCCUGGUCUCCUUGGUGGCCCUGGGCAACCUCAUCCUGGCUGUGAUGGCGUAUGACUGCUAUGUGGCCAUCUGUCGACCCCUGCACUGUGUCACAGCCAUGAGCCCUGGGCUCUGUAUCUUGCUCCUCAUCUUGUGUUGGGUGCUCUCUGUCCUCUAUGGCCUCAUCCACACUCUCCUCAUGACCAGGGUGACCUUCUGUGGGUCCCGAAAGAUCCACUACAUCUUCUGUGAGAUGUAGGUCCUGUUGAGGCUUGCGUGUUCCAGCACCAAGGUCAAUCACACAGUGCUGGUUGCCACGGGCUGCUUCAUCUUCCUCUCUCCCUUAGGGUUCACGAUCAUGUCCUAUGUCCGCAUUGUCAGAGCCAUCCUCCAAAUACCCUCAGCCACUGGGAAGUACAAAGCCUUCUCCACCUGUGCCUCCCAUUUGGCUGUGGUGUCCCUCUUCUGUGGGACACUCGGUAUGGUCUAUCUGCAGCCUCUCCAUACCUACUCCAUGAAGGACUCAGUAGCUACAGUGAUGUAUGCUGUGGUGACCCCCAUGAUGAACCCUUUCAUCUACAGUCUGAGGAACAAGGACAUGCAUGGGGCUCUGGGGAGACUCCUCCAAGGAGCCUUUCAGAGGUUGACAUGGGAGUAA